AUGAAACUUCCUCGAGCUCCAUUACGGAGCUUUGGUCCUCGUCUACCCCUCCGAGCUGUCUCUACAAGAAACAUAUCAACGAUAGGACUUACACCGACCAAACCUUACCGAGCGUUGCCUUCAAGUAUACCGGUUACCCGCCGAACGUAUGCCGUCUCCGCCUCCGAUCUCCGAUUCGGACAACCCGUCCACGAAACACAUCCUCAUAUCCUAAAAGCCGGCGAGCUUACACCGGGCAUUACAGCACAAGAGUACCAUGACCGUCGAGCCGCCCUUGCACACUCCAUGACAGAUGGAAGUGUUGCUGUUCUACAUGCCGCAUCUUUACAGUACAAGUCCGGUGCUGUCUUCCAUGCCUACCGACAAGAGUCCAACUUCCUAUAUCUUACAGGAUGGAUGGAAGGAGAUGCUAUUGCUGUGAUCGAAAAGACUGGUCCUAACUAUGGCGAUUAUGUAUUCCACAUGUUUGCCAAGCCCAAGAAUGCGAGGGAAGAACAAUGGAACGGAUAUCGCAAUGGAGUCGAGGCAGCAAGAGAUAUCUUCAAUGCUGAUGAGGCGCAUUCUAUUUACGAGGCGGAACUCUUGCUACCCAAGAUCCUCGACAAGGCCAAACUCAUCUACGCAGACUCACCACCUUCUAAGGGUGGUAUUGCUGCCACAGCAUCUUGGCUCUGGCGACUAAUCUCUGGAAAAGAUACUCGACCAACCCGAACACCUCUCUACUCCGUCAUGAAUAAGCUUCGUGUGGUCAAGAGUGAAGCAGAGGUCGCUAACAUGCGAAUUGCCGGUCAGAUCUCAGGACGGGUCAUCACAGACGCAAUGCGCCAACCCUGGAAGCGAGAGAAGGAUUUACACUGGUUCCUUGACUACAACUUUGCGGUCAAUGGCUGCGAGGGCCCGGCUUACAUCCCCGUGAUAGCUGGCGGUGAAAGAGCAAACUGCAUUCACUAUACGGUGAACAACAGCACAUUCAAAGAGGACGAAUUCAUCCUCAUCGAUGCGGGCGGCGAGUACGGGACCUACAUCACAGACAUAUCCCGCACAUGGCCAGCUUCCGGCCGCUUCACCCCUGCCCAGCGCGACCUAUACCAAGCCGUCCUCAACGUCCAGCGAUCCAGUGUCUCGCUCUGCAGGGAAAGUUCUAAGCUCUCACUCGAGGACAUUCACAACGUUACGGCGCGGGGUCUUGUUGAUCAACUUCGCGCUAUUGGAUUCGAUGUUACAAUGGCCAACAUCGACCAGCUCUUCCCCCACCAUGUAGGCCACUAUAUCGGUCUUGACGUGCAUGACUGCCCUGGCUACAGCCGUCGCGAGACCCUUCGCCGAGGCCACUGCGUCACCAUCGAGCCGGGUGUUUACGUCCCCCAUGAUGACCGAUGGCCGGCCGCCUUUCGGGGCAUGGGCGUGCGAAUCGAAGACAGCGUAUGCGUAGACGACGAUUCACCUUACAUCCUGUCUACGGAAGCGGUGAAAGAGGUUGAUGAUAUUGAAGCGCUACGAUCAUGA